AUGUCACACUUACAAAACCUCGAAGACAAAAUUCAACACACUUUCACUUCCGGUCAACCCGGUACCACCGGUCGAGAACCAUUUGAAGAAGACCGAGGUGAAGGAAACCCAUUCCACCGAGAGCACACUCACGGUAACCACGGAAUAAAAGGUGCCAGCGGAACUGGACAUCAUGAAAUCGGUACGGGAAGUGAUUUGAUUGGUAAAUCAUCGACUGGAACAGGAAAUGAGAGAGAUAUCAACUCUGGUGAAGGUUUGAGAUCUCAUGAACAGAACCCUUCAAGAGUCGGUGAGACUGGUUUCGGUUCUGGAACCGGCUCUGGACUUACUGGUACUGGAUCCCACCACCACCACACCGGUGCCGGUGCUGGGGCAGCUGGUGCAGCAGGAGCUGGAAUUGCUGGCGCAGAAUACGAAGCCAAUAAACAUCCUGGAUCUCACGGAUCUCAUCACACUGGAACUGGAACUGGAUCAGGGUUGACCGGUACUUCAGGAGUAGGAACUUAUGAGAACAGAGGUGUAGAUUACCCAACUUCAGGAUCUGGAUUAGGAUCAGGUGGGACCGCUGGUGGAGCCGGUAUCUCAGCUGGUACCCAUGCCUUAGGUCAAGGACAAGGACAAGGACACCACCACGGUACCGGAUCUGAUCUCACUACCCACCAACAUGGUUCUGGUUUGACCGGUUCUCACACUGGUGGUGCCACCGACCGAGUUGGUAACGUUGGACAAGACUCGGCUCUCUACGAACGAACUGGUGCUGGUGGACCUGUUACCUCCGGUGCAGCAGGUACCGACCGAUUUGACUCCGACAGACACCACGGUUCGGGAGUAACUGGCUCGGACGUGCCCACUGGAUCCGAAGGUACCGGUGAACACGGUGCUGGAAACCUUUCUAGAACCAGCGGUGCUGGUGGUGUUCUCGGUACAUCCGACAAAGACUUCGUAGGACGAGAUCGAAAAGCCGGUGCUGGUGGAGUCCUUGGUGCUUAUGCCGAUGACAACGGACCAUUCAAGGGUAACACCUCUGGACCAGGUGGUAACACCGCUCUCACCGGUAGAGAAGGUACCAACCCAUCAGAGGACAACCCAGUUGCUAGAGCUAAAUCGGCAGGUCAAGAGAUCGGUUCUAAACCUGAAGGAACCUCUUCUCACCCCGGUGUAGCUCACGGUGUCACCAACCAAUUAGAAGGUAAAGAAGGUCAAGAAGGUACUUCCGUAUCUCAAGAACACGGAGAGAAGAAGGGUUUGUUACAAAUGAUUAAAGAUGCCAUCUAA